UUUGCGUUCCACACACAGGAAGGGAGUUUUCUUCGGUUGCUGCAGCCUCCCAGUGUCCGUCGUGAUCAGGAUUACACAGUAGUGAGGAAGACAUCCGGUGAGUGUGAGACACCCAGCAGCCAUCACCAUGUGUCAGGAGGACUGAGCAGGACCCAGAGCCCCAUCACGGUGCCUCCACCUCACUCACUGAUACAUGAGAAGCACAAUGACCAGAAGAUCCUGGAACUCACCAACAAUAUCAUUCAGCUGUUGACUGGAGAGGAGGGGGAGUAUAUAGAGGAACACGGGUCUGUACAAGUACGUGAUGAUGGAGAAUCACCGGCCCCUCACAUCACUGGAUGGGCCCAGUAACAGAGAUACCCCAGAGAGAUGUCCCCGUCCUCUGUAUUCCCAGGAUUCUACAGAGGAGAAUCACAGGAUCCCACAGGAGGAUCAGGAAGAACGUCUGUCUGAUAUUAAAACAGAAGAUAUAGAGGCAGAAGAAGAGACGUAUGUGACUGAUAUGAAGGCAGAAGAUGUAAAGGAAGAAGAAGAGAUGAAUGUGACUGAUAUAAAGGUAGAAGAUACAGAGGGAGAAGAAGAGACGUAUGUGACUGAUAUGAAGGCAGAAGAUAUAGAGGGAGAAGAAGAGACGUAUGUGACUGAUAUGGAGGCAGAAGAUAUAGAAGGAGAAGAAGAGACGUAUGUGACUGAUAUGAAGGCAGAAGAUAUAGAGGGAGAAGAAGAGACGUAUGUGAGUGAUAUGAAGGCAGAAGAUAUAGAGGGAGAAGAAGAGACGUAUGUGACUGAAAUGAAGGCAGAAGAUAUAGAGGGAGAAGAAGAGACGUAUGUGACGGAUAUGAAGGCAGAAGAUAUAGAGGGAGAAGAAGAGACGUAUGUGACUGAUAUGAAGGCAGAAGAUAUAGAGGGAGAAGAAGAGACGUAUGUGACUGAUAUGAAGGUAGAAGAUAUAGAGGGAGAAGAAGAGACGUAUGUGACUGAUAUGAAGGUAGAAGAUAUAGAGGGAGAAGAAGAGACGUAUGUGACUGAUAUGAAGGCAGAAGAUAUAGAGGGAGAAGAGACGUAUGUGACUGAUAUGAAGGCAGAAGAUAUAGAGGGAGAAGAAGAGACGUAUGUGACUGAUAUGAAGGUAGAAGAUAUUGAGGGAGAAGAAGAGACGUAUGUGACUGAUAUGAAGGCAGAAGAUAUAGAGGGAGAAGAAGAGACGUAUGUGACUGAUAUAAAGGCAGAAGGUAUAUCGGGAGAAGAAGAGACUUAUGUGAGGGGUGAUCAGCAGUGUAAGGAGGAGGAGAUCCCUACAGAUAUCGGCACAGCAGAUGGACACACAAGCAGGAAUAUCUCAGAAGGACAUCUAAUGUUAUCCCCAGAUUGUGACAUAAAAGAUAAUGACAGUAUACAGGAUUCUCCAGGAGCUGACCCCAUUACCCCAAUUAUACAUCCAGCUCUAUCAGCUGAUCCCUCUGAUCCUGGGAAAUGUUCUACUGAUCACUCUGAUAUUGGAGCAUCUGUUACAGCUCUGACAGUAGAUACAGUGUUUCCCUGUUCUAUAGAUGCCAAAUGUUUUACACAGAACACAAAGCUUAUCACCCAUCAGGCAGCUAAGGCAGAUAAGAGGCCAUUUCCAUGUUCUGAGUGUGGGAAGUGUUUUACAUACAAAUCAUCUCUUGUUAGACAUCAGAGAAGUCACACAGGUGAGAUGCCAUUCCCAUGUUCUGAGUGUGGGAAAUGUUUUAUACAAAAAUCACAUCUUGUUACACAUCAGAAAAGUCACACAGGUGAGAUGCCAUUCCCAUGUUCUGAGUGUGGGAAAUGUUUUAUACAAAAAUCACAUCUUGUUACACAUCGGAGAAGUCACACAGGUGAGAGGCCAUUUCAAUGUUCUGAGUGUGGGAAAUGUUUUACACGGAAAUCACAUCUUGUUACACAUCUGAGAAGUCACACAGGUGAGAGGCCAUUUCCAUGUUCUGAGUGUAGGAAAUGUUUUACACGGAAAUCAUAUCUUGUUACACAUCAGAGAAGUCAUACAAAUGAGAGGCCAUUAACAUGUUCUGAAUGUGGGAAAUGUUUUUUAAGUAAAUCAAACCUUGUUACACAUCAGAUAAGUCACACGGGUCAGGGGCCAUUUUCCUACUCCGAGUGUGGGAAAUCUUUUUCAAGUAAGUCACAUCUUGUUGCACAUCAGAGAAGUCACACAGGUGAGAGGCCAUUUCCAUGUUCUGAGUGUGGGAAAUGUUUUUUAAUUAAAUCAAAGCUUGUUAGACAUCAGAGAAGUCACACAGGUGAAAGGCCAUUUCCAUGUUCUGAGUGUGGGAAAUGUUUUUUAAGUAAAUCAAACCUUGUUACACAUCAGAUAAGUCACACGGGUAUGGGUCCAUUUUCCUGCUCUGAGUGUGGGAAAUGUUUUACAAGUAAGUCACAUCUUGUUGCACAUCAGAGAAGUCACACAGGUGAGAAGCCAUUUGCAUGCUCAGAGUGUGGGAAAUGCUUUACACAGAUAUCAAAUCUGAAUACACAUCAGAGAAGUCACACAGGUGACAGGCCAUAUCCAUGUUCUGAAUGUGGGAAAUGUUUUCAAGUGAAAUCAUAUCUUUUUAGACAUCAGAGAAGUCACACAGUUGAGAGGACACUUUCAUGUUCUGAGUGUGGGAAAACUUUUACAGCGCUAUCACAUCUUGUUAAACAUGAGCGAAUACAUACAGGUGAGAAACCAUAUUCCUGUUCUGAGUGUGGGAAAUGUUUUACGAACAAAUUUUCUCUUGAUGCACAUGUGAGAAGUCACACAGGUGAGAAGCCAUUUCCAUGUUCUGAGUGUAAGAAAUGUUAUACUCACAAAUCAUCUCUUGUUAUACAUCAAAGAAGUCACACAGGUGUGGGGCUGUUUCCAUGUACUGAGUGUGGGAAAAGUUUUGCACAGAAAUCAGAUCUUGUUACACAUCAAAGAAGUCACACGGGUGAGAAGCCAUUUCCAUGUUCUGAGUGUGGGAAAUGUUUUACACAGAUAUCAAGUAUGAUUAAGCAUCAGAGAAGUCACACAGGUGAGAAGCCAUUUGCAUUCCCUGCGUGUGAGAAAUAAAUCAUCUUUUUUUAAAAUUGUUAAUUGAUAAGAAGAAAUGUAACACACGUGUAACAUUAUUAAUACAGAACAAUAAAGGCGAACAGUCAAAUCCACUGUCCGUACAUCAUAGUGAUAUGUUUAAUUGUAGGAUACUAAGAAACAAGGUAGUGUAUUCCCUAGUGAUCAUGAAAUACAGUAUAACAAAAUAAACCAACUACACAAGUGUAUGACUAUAGUUAGUUGCGGAGUGGUAAAUAUCCAAUGGCGAGAGCUCUGUUCAAAGAUACUCAAAACGGUGGUGACCCAUCAGUAAGAGUUACUACAUUAUACCAAGUUGUUAACCUUACCACCUUACGAAUACUUUCUUUGGUAUUAACGGGCAGUGUGAUUAGAAAAGGAAGCCAGAUCUCAAGAAACUUAGCAG